AUGGCCUUUCUUUCUGCACCGAUGUUCAACUCACUUUAUAAUGGUGGACUUUUUCCUGUGCCGAGAUCAGCGUCCAGCGAAAAUCAGCUACCAUCUACGAAGAAGAAGAUUAUUGACCCAUUCGAUCCAGAAGCGAGUGUUCCGCUACCGUAUCAACUCGAAGAGCAGCCCUACAGUACUUCGGUGUGGAAACGUAAUGAACGUGAGCGCUAUAGGGUCCGAUGUGUGAACAACGGCUACGAAACGUUGCGGAAACAUCUGCCAGUCUCCGACGUGGAAAAACGAAUUUCGAAAGUUGACACCUUGCGACUGGCCAUUCGCUACAUCAAACAUCUGGAGGCCGUGCUGAAGAAUGAGGAGCACAUUUUCAAGUAA